AUGAAGAAUCCAUUGAAUAUUAUAGGCCUUGGACUUGUCAUUUUAUUUGCUGUGUUGUCUCUUUAUCGGCGUUUUACACGCAUCUCUGUUUCUCAUAUUCCAGGCCCGCCGCCUGAAUCUUUCGUACUUGGUCAUCUUGUUGAGAUAUUCCAAAGCCAGGCGGGGGAGCCUGACUUCAAAUGGCAACGUCAGUAUGGGGAUGUAGUGCGUGUCAAAGGAACCUUCGGUGAAGACCGGCUUUUGAUAUCUGAUCCCAAGGCGCUCCAGUAUAUUUUCCACACAUCAGGCUAUGGCUUCUCGAAAUGGCCUCAAAGAACUGAGAUCAGCCGUGUAUUAAUGGGCCGUGGACUGUUAUGGGCCGACGGAGACAUUCAUAAACGGCAGAGGAAAGUGAUGCUUCCCGGGUUUGGUGCACCGGAAUGCAAGUCGUUCAUACCUAUCUUCCAACGUACUGGCUCUGAGCUGGUCGCAAAAUGGGCCGAUAUUCUUGCUGGAUCACCGAAUCAAAGUGUUGAAAUGAAUGUCGCGACUUGGCUGUCUCGCGCUACCAUGGACUCUCUCGGAGAAGCUGCGUUUGACUAUCAAUUUGGUGCCUUAGCCCAAAGAGACAACGAGUUGAUGAAGGCAUACUUUGGUCUUAUGAACGACACUCUUGGUUCACCGUCCAAAAGGAGCAUUUUCUUGCAAACAGCACUGCCUGUCUGGGCUCUACAGUUGAGAGCCAAAUACUCUAAUAGCAGGCCGAUGGCGCACGCCCGAUACACUGCAAAGCUCGCCGAGGAGUUGACACAGGCUCUGAUAGACAUGAAGUCAUCUGAGCUCCUGCAAGGAAAAGGAAGCAAGGACGUUCUGAGUUUGCUUGUGAAAGCCAAUGCUUCAGAGAACGCAGCGACUGCUUUGGACCACGAGGAGAUGCUAGCUCAAAUGCGAACUUUGCUGCUCGCUGGACACGAAACGAGUGCCACCAGCACCCUUUGGAUUCUCCUGGAGCUUGCUCGACACCCGGAUGUGCAAGACAAGCUUCGUAACGAAAUUCGUGCCGUCGAACACGCUGUUCACGUCCGAGGAGACUCCGAGUUUACCUCAAAGGACUUCGAAAGCAUGACCUAUACUGGUGCCGUGAUGAAAGAGGCUAUGCGACUUCACCCAGCGUUAUAUCACAAUUACCGACAGGCUGCUCACGAUGACAUUCUUCCACUCUCAAAACCCAUUCUUACCAUUUCGGGCGAACUUAUAGACAAACUUCCGGUUCCUAAAGGAAUGAAAGUAUUUGCGUCUAUUGCCGGAUACAAUAGAAACAAAGACAUAUGGGGAAACGAUGCAGAUACCUUUAAUCCGGAGCGAUGGUUUCAGUCAGAGAAACAUCGGAAGGGACCCAGUGUGGGGGUUUAUGGAAAUCUACUGACUUUCGCGGGAGGCGUCAGAACAUGCGUGGGCUGGCGUUUUGCGAUCUAUGAAGUCCAGGCCCUGUUGAUCGCAAUCAUUAACAACUUCGUGUUGUCACCCACAGAGGACCUCCAACGCCUUCGCCGAGAAGCCUGUUUAGUUAUGAUACCUACUCUCGAAGGUGAAGUGGAAAAGGGUGAAAAUCUUCCUCUUCGGGUAAGCACCGCUCCAAGAGACUAG